CCGGCGUGGUUUGUUUCGCUUAGCAACGCCUGCCGGGCCGCAGGCAGCGGGCAGCUCCCGCCGGAGGCUGCCGGCCCCUCGACAGGGCUUGCGGCGCCGGGAAGGGGCUCCCGUCCCAGCCUGCCAUGAAGGUGGCGGCCCUGGGGGCGGGCGCCCUUCUUUCCAGGCUGCGCCGCUCUCCGCCGGCCCCUAGCCCGCGACUCCCGUCCGGCGGGGGCCGCGCCGCGGGCAGGGGCGGCCGCACCCCGAGCCCGGCGUCCAGCGAGACGGACAAGGAGCCCGGGGGGCGGGCGGCGGCCAAGGGGCUGCUCAUCACCCUGCCCGACAUCGGGGAGGAGGCGGCGGCCGAGGGCGAUGAGGCGGCCGGCAGCCCACGGCUUCCCACGAAGGGACUGUCCAGAGGUUCUCCAAAUCAAAGUCUCUCUGGAAAAAGUGGAGUAUCUCUUCCAUUAGUUUUUGCAAGAAAUGUUCAAGAAGCCAUUGACAAUUAUACCUGUGAGACACUUUCAUCACUUUCACCUAGUGGUUGUGCAACACCCACGGAGUUGAAUAAUUCUUGGUCUGGAAUAAACAGCUAUACUACUAGUUUGUCUACUGAAAGAAGUUCAGUUUACUCCUGGAGGGAUGAUGAAUUUGAUAAAGCCAACACACAGAGAGUGCAUCAGUUAUUUUUGGAGAUUGAUGAAAUGCUCUUUGAAGGAAAAGUGACCUCCCAAACAGAGAACCUGAAGGCAGAAUGUGCAGAUUGGGUUGAACAAUUUCCUCAUAUAAGGGUUCUAGGAAAGCAACUCCUAGUGCCAAAGGAUGAAGGAUUUCAGCAUUUUCAGAGCAGAAAUGAUGCCCAUGUAGAUACUAAGUGUGUGCCUGGCCUCCUUGACUGUACUGGUCAUACAAAAGAACUCUGCAUCUCAGGCUCUAAACUGAUGCCAACAGUAUCUCCAAUACAUACGUCACUGGAUUCAAGUUCCACUAGGAUUUCUGCUUCAGACUCAGCCAUGUAUUCCUUCCUGGAAGAAGAAAUUUACGAUGAGGAUGGAAAAAUAGAGGAAUAUCUUGCCUUUGACAACAAGGAACUUGAGGAUGAGAUUUGGGAACAACAGAAAAUGCAUCUUUCUGAGAAGAGGUGUAAGCGUGGCAUUCCCCCUGUUUCUCCCAAUGCCUGUAUCAAAGAUGCUGUGGCUUCUGAAGUGUUUGAUCAUAUCUGGAGCAAUGUCAUUGGAAUAUUGGAGGAACUGAUUAAAAAAAAUUGGGAAACUAGUAUCCCAGAGUGUGACCAACAAAUGGAAAAACUGAAAACUGUUACAGCAAAACUGCCACGUUUGCCAGUCAUUCAUAUUACAGCUGAUGCUGGGACCAUUCCCCUUUCCAGAGGCUCUGAAGCACAAAGUGUAUCUUUUGGGGCUCAUUCUGUUUCAUCACAGGUUUACCGUUUCUCCAGCAAUUUCUAUAGUGAUCUGAGUGGUGUGAUGACAAUUCAAGCAAAACCGCUCCAACAGAGGCAUGCUGCCACAGCAGAAAAAACACAGAAUGAUCAAGAAGACAAACAGCAUAGCAGUGCCUCCAGCACUCCAAAUUCAGCACAUCCUAGGUUGGGGAGAAUUUCUGAUAACAGUGUUCUGUCAUCAUCUCUGACUCUGCUGGCAUCUUCUAGGAAAGUACCAAGGUUACCUGCUCUCACCUCUGACCAACCAUGCUCAGAAGUUCCUAAUAUGUACAAUGAUGAAAUCCUUAAAGGGACAAAAUUGGUUUGCAGCAGUUUAUCUUCUGCUCGUGUGCCUGCAACCCGGAACAAGUUACCACCAAUAAACUCUGAGCCUGUUGAACAACACAUUUCAGUACCUCGAAUGCAACAGAGCCCUCAUCAAGAACGAUAUGCUCAUAGCAGAGUGUCAAGUGCAGUAGCUGACAGGACAGAGCAACAGCCACUCAGAGAAAGAAGUGUUACUGUUGAUCAAUUUUCAAGACCCAACACAACUCAUACAUUCAGGAGAGACACACCUCAGAAGAAGUCACUGACUCCCGUGGAUUUUGCUAACUACAGAAGGACCGGUCAAGGAUUUUUGAUAACAGGUUCACAGAAUUACUCCAGAUCCUUUCAGAGAAAUCCUCCAACCUCAAAGAAGAGAUUUCAGAUUGCUUCUUAACCUGUUUUAGGAAGAAACAGAAACCCUCUGCACUGAUUGAAAGACUGAAGCACUAAAUUUGCCACUUAGUAUCUUGUGUAACAAAGAAGGUGUCUGCUGAGCCUUGCAAUCCUCAGGAUGCCUGCAUUACCUUCUUUUAAAAUUAUUUGACCAGAGCUUAGAGUUGAAAUUAUAGCAAAAUGAAAUAAAUGGUUGAGGUAUCUGCUCUGUUUGCAAUAUCAAGAGAUUGCGGCUGCACUUUCUUCUCAGGCAUUCCUCCUUUUUAUGCCUUUCCUAGGGAAUUGUUUUUCUACCUAUCAAAUAAGGUGCAUUUAGAACAUAAAGUGCUGUCCCUACUUAUUUUUGCUUCCUUAAAGAUGUUCUAGUCUAUCUAAAUAUUAGUCAUAUAUAAAAUUUAUACUUUUAAACAGAAGUUUGCAGUACUUCCUCUUUAACUGCUAUGUUAACAUUUCUUCAUGUUUCAGUCUGUCUGCUUAUUAUUAUAUUAUUAUAUUUUAUCUCUUAAAAGUA